AUGGCUUCCGCAAUCACCCUUGACCAUGGCAAGAUCUUCUCGUAUGAAGCGACGAUCCCUGAAAUCUUUGGACAAGACGCCAAGCCAGGCCGGGAGCUGCUGGAAACCAUCAUCAGCACGUACAAAGCAACUCGACUACUGUCCGUUUCAAAUGUUUCGAACAUUCCGUUCUUCACAGCAUCUGGGCAGCGCAACAUCCACCGCCAUGCGCUGAAUGACAGGAAGCAGGCACAGGUCUUGCAGGAGUACAAAGACUCAGUGAGGCAACGUGGGGUAGUCCGAGAGGUGCGGGGAAAGGCAUGGAUGCAGGCCCCGAACAUUGACAAGGGCGAGAUUGCUUACAAAGCCUUGACAUUUGGAACUCUGACAGAUGCUCUGUAUGAGGUUUUGCAGGAGCCUGGGAUCGAAUCCAAUGCGAAUGUUCAGGGGACCAAAAAGGCAGGCUUGGACGUGACGGUAUUUGACUGCCGGACCGACUAUCACAAUCAGUUCCACAGAGGGAGCAAAACCAGUUUCCUGGAGUUGAUACUGAAGGUUCCGCAGGUGGAAAAAGAAUGGGCACUUUUCAAGAUGUCUACCAACAUGCGCUCACGAGCUUCUGGCUACGAAACCGCUUACUUUGGCAUGAUCAGCAAGUCUUUUCCUGAAUGUUGGAGCUCAUGGAGGAGCUUUGAAGCCACGAGGGGGGUGUACAACAUGGCGUGCAAAUUUGGUAUCCUAGAGGACUUGAAGGACGAACUGGGGAAAUCAUGCGAUUUUCUCAAUCCGGAGAUUCAGAAUGAGUCCGUGUUGAACGUCAUGAAGGAUGUUCUCACCCUCAUUCAGAACAACUUCAGCAGUGGCUUCAGCUGGUUGGAGCUGAAAGCAAUUGUCAUGGAGAUGCUGCUGCGUUGUGUAGGAAGCUUAAUCUCUUAUGGGUCCUCUUCAGCGCAGACUUCAACCUUCCACAUUGUGCCGAUGAUCAUGUCGUCUUCAGAAGCUUCAACUUCAGGCGUGGCUUCCACGCCGCCAUGGAUCUUUAAAAGAGGACAGGGUUCAGGAGCAGAUCUUUCCAUUUUGCUGACACCGAUGCAGGGGAGUAAGAUCAAUGAGCAAUCCAAACAGUCCAAAGGCAAGAAAGCCAAAGCGAAAGCAAAGCAAGCAGGCAAGAGAUCAAAACCGGUAGGUGCGGAUGGGGAACAUGCAUCCGUUGACAUCAAAGUUGACAUCUUGCCUGAGCCUGAACAGCAGCUGGACAACGUUGCAGUGGAAGUGGCUGGUGUGACAGCCUCUCGCCAGAAGUUUUUCUUGGACUGCUUGCUUGGGGGGAUCCGUUCUGCUCUCAAAAGUGCUGUUGCUUCGAUUGGUUUGCCUGUAGGGUCCAAACCUGUCGAGCCUCCAGCUUCUCUUGGACGAGUCGGGCACGAUGAGAUUUUCUACCAUGACUCAGACUACCCCAUCUUGCGGAGGUGCGUGGGCUUGGGCAUUGACUUCGCCUUUGACAAGAAGCUGAUGUUGAGCGGGAAAGGCAUCUAUAGAUGGUCGGUUUGCAGGCCACAGAUCCAACAAGCUGUGAGAGCAACACCAAGAAUGGCGGGCGGCAGCGAUGGAGACACCAACGUGCUGAUCCUGUUGAGUGAAAGUUCAAGAAGUUCAGAUUCAUCAGCGAGUGCAGUGUCGAACUUUGAUGCGGUAGCUGUUCCCAUUUUUUCGAAAUGGUUGAGUGCUGAAGCUUUGAACAUGGGCAGUCAAGCUUCCCCACUGGAUGUUGAACCUUUGAGCGGGGUUGUGUGCAAGCACGCAGGCUAUGCUCGCAUGACCAAUGCUGAUCAUUGCCUGGUCCAUUCCCAUAGCGUGGAUGUGUUGGACCUCGUCUUCGAGGUGUCCAACAUUUGUGCCAAGGAACUCCCAGAUGGCGUUGUGGCAUUUGGAAGGCAUUUGUCAAAGAUGGUGGCUGCGCAGAAGGGUGGCUUUCCGGAUUUGCCCGAUGACAUCAAGGACGUUGUCAAACUUGAUCAUGUUGUGUUUUUGACGUCCAUCCGUGCCAACUACAUGAGUCGACUCAUCAUCUACGCGCUGGGCAGAAGAAAGAUCGACAUGAACCUGGGCAAGCAGCCCUCUGAGUACAUGAAGACAUUGGCACUUGCAGAUGCAUCAACCAGAAUCAGAACUCUUUUGCCAAAGUUUGGCAAAUCCAUCCUGAAGAUUGACAGCCUGUGCGACCUAGGGGAUCCAUGCUUGGUCUCUUCCAUUUGGGGACCAAUGAUCAAUGACUUGCUGACAGAUGGGACAUUUGAUGAAAAACCUAUCAUUGACAACUUGACCCCAGCGGCUGCAGAGGCACAGGAGGGCAGCGGCAAGGCAGAGGGAGGCACUGCGGGAGAAGGGUCAUUGAAUGGAGCUGAUUCGAAGCAGCCUGAAGGACAUGGCCAUCAUUUGGUGGAUUUGCGAAGACUCAUAACAUUUGGUUGUGUGGGCCAAGACGGUGGCAAUGAGCCUGCAGGUGGUGUCAAAUCAUCGUACGAACUGGCCAGUGUGCGAAUGGCGAUCCAGGCCAACAUUCUCACCUAUGCGCGUCUCCAGACUCCUGGCUGGGCUGAGGGAAGCUUUGUUGCUUUGCUGCUGUGCGACACACCAUGGACGAAGAUCGUUUUCAACGUGACGCAAACUACCAGUGGUUCCAAAGUGGUGUCAGCGACCGAGUUGCUUUACGAGAUCCCAGCUGACCGAGCGAAGAUAUACACUGAUUGGAUUGGUGAGGGAGGUUCAAUACGAGUACCCCAGAAGCUGGCUCUCAAAGAGGAGGACAUGGCAAUGUGUUUGUUCUUUUGGGGGGAUGUUUGCAUCUUAGCAGCAAGCAAGCUCGGCACCGGGAUGCCUCCCAAUGGCAAACCUCCGAAGACCAUUUACUGGCUGGGGCUUCAUGCGUGGAGCUGCAGGGCAGAGGCAGAGGCUGAUUGCGCUGCGUGGGAUGACCUUUGUGCGGGUGGCUCAGAGAUUCCGUUCUUCAUCAACGGCUCCCAUUGCAAAGAUCUUCAGGCAGAAACACCGUGUCCAGCAUGGAUGGUGCCUAUGGUCGAGUCUUGGGAUGUGGAGCCAACCCUCGUUUUGCGGUAUGACAACUCGGUUGAAACUCAAGUUCGCCACUUUGCAAGUUCUGAUUCCAACGACAUGGUCACCAACAAGAUCAAACAUGAGAUGGGGUAUCUCAGGUUUAACCAGAAAGAUUCCGUGAUGGUCAAUGUGAAGAAAAUCCAGGGCAGGGUAUUCAUUGUGUUGGAUCGAGAACGAUUGUGCCUUGCAUGUUUGUUGGCAAUUUUUCUGGUCGACAGCCAAAGGUAUCUGUUUUUAAUUCCCUAUGGGACCAUCCACGAUGACAUCUGUGACUCUGAAAAGGUAUUCCAAUUCUCUUUGUACUGGCUUUGCUUCAUGUAG